AUGGCAAACACUGAACGUGAUACUCAAGUUUAUAUGGCAAAGAUUGCCGAACAAGCUGAGAGAUAUGAUGAAAUGGUUUCCUUUAUGAAAGACGUAGUCAAGUUGAAUGAUGGCCUAUCAGUUGAAGAACGUAAUCUUUUAUCUGUCGCAUACAAAAACGUCAUUGGCGCACGUCGUGCCUCUUGGAGAAUCAUCUCGUCUAUUGAACAAAAGGAGGAGAGCAAAGGAAACCAAACUCAGGUAUCCAAGAUUAAAGAGUAUAAGCAAAAGAUCGAACAGGAAUUAUACGGUAUCUGUAAUGACGUAUUGGACCUUUUGACCACACAUCUUGUUCCUACAGCUAAAGAUAGUGAGGCUAAAGUAUUUUAUUACAAAAUGCAAGGCGAUUAUUAUCGUUAUAUUGCUGAAUAUGCUUCAGGCGAGACACGUCAGCAAGCAGCAGAUAAUGCUCAUGAAGCUUACAAGAAGGCUACUGAAGUAGCUGAAGCCCAAUUGGACGCAACACACCCUAUUCGUUUAGGACUUGCCUUAAACUUCUCUGUCUUUUACUAUGAAAUCUAUAAUUCUCCUGACCGUGCAUGUCAGUUAGCCAAGGAUGCCUUUGAUAACUCUAUUGCAAAACUUGAUGCCUUAAAUGAGGAAUCUUAUAAAGACUCCACCCUUAUCAUGCAGCUAUUAAGAGACAAUCUUACUCUUUGGACAGCUGAAAUUCAGGAUACUGAUGCUACCAAGGAUACUACAGUUCCAGAAAAUGAAUAA